AUGACAGCUCCUGUGGUUAAGAAAAUCUAUUAUCGGCAACAAUACUUGAACUACCACACGAAUAAAAAAGCACAAAUACAUCCACACAAAUUGUUGUUAUAUUCAAUUUUGUUUGGUGCUGGUGCAUAUACAGUUUUUAAUGUUGGUAUGAAUAAUCAAAUUUUUCCAUCUAUAACGGCUGCAGAAGAAGUAUCAGAGUCAGAAUCAGACUCGGAUAGUGAAAUCGAAACAAGAAAGAAAAGGUUUAAAAAAGAGAAAAUUGGCUUUAGAGAUAGAAAGAUUAUUGAAUAUGAAAAUCGUAUGCGGUCCUAUUCUACUCCUGACAAAAUAUUCAGAUACUUUGCUACUGUUAGACUGACAUAUGGUGAGAACACUGAAGUGUAUAUGACACCUGACGAUUUUCUGAGAGCCAUCACACCAGGAAUGAAACAACCAGAUGGUUUGGGUUUGGACCAAUACAGAAGAUAUGAUCCAAAGACAAUCAGCCAACGUCUCAACUUGGAUCUGGAUGAAGAUUCUAUAUUCUACAAGCUCGGUUCUUCGGGACUGAUCACAUUUAGUGACUACAUCUUCCUAUUGACUGUGCUAUCAAGUAAGUUAUUUACAUUAUGA